UCUAGCCAUUAUGCUUCCGCUGUUCACGCGAAAGCUUCCCACACCAGAAUUUUUUUAAAUCCUACUUGAAGCUCGCACACAAUCCUGCGGCUCAGCACUUCCACAUGUUGUUUUUUUAUAUUAUUUGGUUGUAUUUGCGCAAAAGUUACGAAUUAGUAAUAAUAGUUUGUUUUUUCACAGCGUGCAUUAAUAAACAAACCAGCCAGUAAGAGUAGAACCGUAGCCAAAAACGAACGUCGGUUCGUCUGCUUCACUUGCCGUGGUGACAUCAGUCACAUGCAACGUUUUUAGACGUUUUUAGAAACGUUGGAGACAUGGUCGGUGCACGUAGUGUGUUUACCCAAACGUUGUUGCCAUAAACCCUCGCGUCAAGUAUUAUCUUUUCGUGCGAUCAAAAUGCAGGGCAUCGUCGCUGCAAGGUUUCCUCUGGCCCACGUCUCGACUUUGGCGCGGCGUCACCUGUGGAACAAGAGUGACCACCAGAGACUAAUCGUUUGCGAGCCUCUGGCCAGCUCGCGCAAGCUGGUACGACUUCGCGGUGCCGAGAGCCUAUCCUUCUUGCAAGGCAUGGUCACCAACGACACGCGGCAUCUGAGUGCGGCGACGCAGCAGGCGUCCGGAGGCAAACCCCGUCGUUGCAUGUACGCGCUUAUGCUGAACAGCGUGGGACGCGUCCUCUACGACCUGCUCGUUUACCGGCCAGGGACCGGCGAGGACGAAGUGCUGGUGGAGUGCGACGUGGACGCUCGACAGGGCUUGCUGCGACUGCUCAAACUAUACCGGUUGCGCAGAGCCAUCGAAAUCGAAGCGUGCGACGACCUGGACGUAUGGACCGUCUUCCGUCCUUUCUGUGGUGCAGUAGAUGAGCCGCCGCCGCCGGCCCCGGAUGACUACUGGCCGGACGCGACGAAAGGCCGCUGUGUCGUGCGCGACCCGAGGCUCAGCCUACUGGGGCUUCGAGUGCUAGCGGACGCCGGAGAAGACCUGACGACCUGGGUGCGCGCAGGUGGAGGCGGCGAGGAGGCACCGAGCUACGCGCACCUCCGCAUGCAGCUGGGCGUGGGUGAGGGGCUUCGCGAGCUUCCGCCGGCGGCCUGCUUUCCCCUGGAGUGCAACGCGGACUACUUGGGCGGCGUGAGCUUCCAUAAGGGCUGCUACGUGGGCCAGGAGCUGACCGCGCGAACGCACCACACGGGCGUGGUGCGCAAGCGCCUCAUGCCGGUCGUGAUGCUGCGCGAACCGAGCGCGCCGCUGCCGCCCGACGCGGUGGUGCGGGACGCGGCCGGAUCAGCGCUGGGCAAGCUCCGCGCGCACCGCGGUACUCUGGGACUGGCGUUGCUGCGCGUCCAGGAGGCCCUAGCCACCGACACGCUGCAGGUGGAGGGCGUGCCACUGAGCGUCGCUAAGCCCGGGUGGUGGCCGCGCCAGGUCGCCAGGCCGACCGCGUAGCGGAUGCCCAUAGUUCCGCAGGAAAGACAACCGAACACGUUGCGUUUAUAUAAGCUCGCACUUUGUGGAGUCAUGCAGUUAAUUAUUUCGUGCCUCGAGUGCCCCAUUACAAUAGCGAGUGACGAGAGGCGCCCCAUUAAUCACAAAUGCAAAUAAGCGGCUUCAAGGGGAUGGACGUCAACAUGUGACCUGUUAUAGUGUGACCUGCCCUUCCACACCCCUGUGUGCCUCACAAUUGGUUGUCUGCUAGCUGAUGCUAUCACUGCAUCGUUAUAGAUAAUAAUUUUAUUAUUUAUUUACACGUACUACAGCACUAAUUACACUAUGGCAGGAGUAUUUAUUCAAGAAUACACAAAAUUAUAACAAAACAAUUUCCAUAAUGCAAACGGGUAACAUAAUAACGUCAUGUGAGCAUAAAGGUAAAAAUAUCAGAACAUGAAAAAAAAAAACAAAUAUCAUUUACAGACAGAUCAGCGUAUUUCACACUUGUGCAUUAUGAAUUUCGGCUACAAAACUCUGCGAUGGGCAUGAACAAACAGAACCAGGUAAUGAAUUCUGGUCUUCAAUGAAACAAGAAAAAAAAACCUGAACUUGAACCUAUUGAUUCGAGCAGUAAGGCAUCAAAUUUAGGUUGUGAUAGCUUCUCGUUGUCUGUGGGGUGAAGUUUAUGUAUUCCUUGUUAUUUGAUUUGAUUGAUACGUGCGGUUUAAUGUCCCAAAACCACCAUAUGAUUAUGAGAGACGCCAUAGUGGCGGGCUUCGGAAAUUUUGACCAUUUGGUGUUCUUUAACGUGCACCCAAAUCUGAGCACACAGGCCUACAGCACUUACGCCUCCACCGGAAAUUCAGCUGCCGCAGACGGGAUUCAAUCCUGCAACCUGCGAGUCAGCAGCCGAGUAUCUUAGCUACUAGAGCACCGUCGCGGGGCUGUUGUUUGACAGAGUUGCAAUGUGGGCCUAUUGGUGACGCAUAUGAAAGGAUUUUUUGUAGUGCGAUGUGAAAUACGGAAAUAGGAAGGUUUCCUUAGCAAGAAUUUAUAUUGACUCUAUUUGGCAACGCGAAUGGAGUGAAGUUAAUUGCAUUGAGAGAGAGUGAGGAAUCCUGGUCGUAACAAUGACAUAUAAAUCUUACCGCCGCCUUUUCUGGACUGCUUCUAGUUCUUGAAUCUUGCACUGCUUAUACGGAUUCCAGACAGCAGACACUUAGUCAAGUACAGAACGAAUUAGCGAUUUAUACAAAAGGAACUUUGUGUCUUUUGGGGAUUUAGACAGAGUGCGAGAUAGAUAGCCUAGUUUUUUCAAUGUUUUGUUACAUAUAUAGUCGAUGUGCUUGAACCAUGGCAUAUUGUGUGUAAAAAUAACACCAAGGUACUUCUAUUCGAAAACGUUACUUACAGGACAGUUAUUAAAAGAGCAAUCAAUAACAAAAGGUGAUGUAUUACAAAAAA